AUGAGUCGAGCGGCGCCUGAGUAUUAUUUUACAUCAAAUGAUAUCGCCAGUGAACAUAAUAGUAGAUUAAAAAAUUAUUUACAAACUCUUUCAAACAAAAAACGGUCUAUCUUAAAUCGAAAGAGUAAACGACAAUAUAAUAUAAUAGAAAAAGAUCUUGAUAAUCAUAAAGUUUAUUAUUAUGUUCCAGUUGAAUAUGGAAACAAUUAUGAUUUAUCACAACUUGAUGAAGAACCUAUUGAUGAAGUACGAAAAAGAAGUUAUUCACCAAGAUUAGUUCGACGACGAAAUUUCGAACCCUAUAAUGAUAAUUAUCCUGAAAAGUUACCAAUGAUAUCUUCUCGUCCACAUAAUUAUGUUUCGCCAAGACGACCACAUGUUAUUCAACGAACUUAUUAUGAACCAUCACCAUCACAAACAAGUGAAUAUAUUAAUGAAAAUGAUCAUAGACCACGAAAUGAAGAACUUUAUGAAUAUGUUGUACGAGAACGAAUGCCAAGACAACGACAUAUAGUAGAAUCACAUCCUUUUUAUCAUACUACUCAAGGAGAAAAUUUGCAUUCAGUUUCUCGUUCACCUCAUCAUGUUGAUAAUUCCAAUCGGCUGUCGCCUCGAGCAUUACCUUCUGCGUCACAAAUAAUACCACUUCAUCUAAAUGAAUUAUUAUCUUCGCGUCGUUCAAAAAUGAAACAGCAAGCUUCACAAAGAACAAGAACGAUUCAUGAGUCAUUAAAUAGAUCAUUAGUGCAAAAAACAAAUGAACACAAACAUUUUUAUUUGAAAGAUAUUCUUGCACAAAAUCGGGCUAGACGAGGUUCACGUAUACUGCCACCACGACGUGAAAUCGACGAAGAAGAAUUACAUGAGAAGCCGUUAGGCAAUAGAGAUUUUAUAAAGAACGAUCUUCUGGUUCAUAAAUAG